CAGCUGCCAUCCCCACCCAGUCGGGUAAGCUAGUUUCCUAGGAGCUGUCUCGUUCUGAGGCCCCAACAAUAGAAGCUACAGCAAACUCCUGUAAGGAAAAAAGAAGGUCCUGGAGUCAGCGGAGCUCUUAAGAACCUUAGCCCGGAGGUGGUCUCCGCCAUGUCUGCUACAAUGAAGCAAAGGUUCGACCAGUUCCUGCACCAGAAGAACUGCAUGACGGACCUUCUGGCUAAGAUCGAGGGCAAGACUGGGGUGAACAGGUCCUACAUAGCAUUUGGUGUCAUCAGCUUAGUGGCUUUGUACCUCGUGUUUGGCUAUGGAGCUUCUCUGCUCUGCAACCUAAUAGGAUUUGGCUAUCCCGCCUAUAUCUCAAUCAAAGCUAUUGAGAGUCCCAACAAAGAUGAUGAUACACAAUGGUUGACCUACUGGGUGGUCUAUGGUGUCUUCAGUAUAGCAGAAUUCUUCUCUGACCUCUUCCUGUCAUGGUUCCCCUUUUACUACAUGCUGAAGUGUGGCUUCCUGUUGUGGUGUAUGGCUCCCAGCCCUUCAAAUGGCGCUGAAAUGCUUUAUAAACGUAUCAUCCGCCCCUUCUUCUUGAAACACGAAUCUCAAAUGGACAGUGUGGUAAAGGACCUGAAAGACAAAGCCAAAGAGACUGCAGAUGCCAUCACUAAAGAAGCCAAGAAAGCUACUGUGAACUUACUGGGUGAUGAAAAGAAAAGUACCUAAACAGCUAACUGGAUGAAAAGCCUCUUCUGCUCCACUCUUUAUCCUGUAAAGCUUUGUUACAUUGGGAACUAUGGCAUAGUAAAAAUAAUAUUGCCUUGUAAACCUUUUUGAUCUAUUAAAAAGGAAUAUAUUGUAAAUUUUUUGCUUACUUUUUUUUUUGCUGCUGUCUACAACAAUAAGAAUUCUAAUUUAAAUUCGUCCAAUGCAGUGGACAAUGUUCAUAGUUUCUCAAGAAUGUAUUCUUUUCCUCUCUGAGCUAGGAAAGGCAUGUGUCUCAUACUAUAGUAAGUACAAAUAAAAUUCAAUAUACCACAGGCUCUUUUCUCUACUGGUUUCUCUGUGCAUGUAUCUUCUGUAUUUAGAAUUUGUGGGUUUUCAUGUAAUGUAUAAGUUUUGUACCGAAUUCUUAACAUUUUAAACCCUUUUGUUUGUGCAUAUGCAGAAAAUUGUUUCGGGGGCAGAUUUUAACUAUUAUGCUAGAGAAGCACAUAUGAAUUUUGUAGCGAUUGAUGUUAUUCAGUGAUUGCCUGUGUCAUUUAUACAGUUACAAAACUGUAUAAGAAGUGAAAGCUCUUAUUUGAAUAAUUAUGAAAACCUAAUAAAAGCAGCAUGAUGCCACUGGUUAGUUUUUUCCUAGGAUGAUAUAUAUUAAGAAUUAUGACACAGAAAGUACAAGAAAAAAUAGAUAAUAAUGUAAGUAAAUUAUUCAAAAAAAUCUAAUUAAGUUUGUAUAGCUCUGUAUUUGUAAUUAAGAUGUCUAGCUUUUUCUUCCCAGAAUUAUAGAAGCUGAAUGCCAAGAAACCAAGAACAGUGUUACUCAUGGCAUAUGUGGGAAAAUUUAUAUACUCCUCAGAAACUGAGUCUGCUAUUUCAUGGAUAUCUAGAAUUUUCAUUAUGUUUUAGUCUAUUCUAGGUUGUUGGAAUUUUACCUGCUACCAUCUCUAUCUAGCCUUACCUCGAGCUAGAUAAGAUUGUUUCUUUCUCUGAAACACUAUCCCUAUUUUUAAAUUAUUCUCCUUUAAGCCCCUAAUUAGGAAUUGUUUUAUUCUGACUAUAUGCUGUAUUCCUUUGUACAACCGAAAUACCAUGUUUACAUCUAAAACCAGUGAUGGAGAGAAUGGAAUAACAGGAAUUGAAUCCUGCCAACUGAGUUUUAAUUUUAAUUAUAGGUCUCAAAACUUUCCUCCACUUUAUUCAUCUAGCUUUUUAGUCAGAUAGAGGCCAUCUUAUCUUAUAAAUCAUAUUCAUAUUCUGGUAGCUUCCCAUUAAAUGCUUUAAUUUAUUUUUUUCUGUUGAAAUUGCCUUUGAUAAUAAUUUCCUGAUAAUAAUUCCCUUCAGGUACAGACCAGAAGUUUAAAAAAAAAUUUAAGUCACAUAAUUACUGCAGGACAAAUAUAUUACAAAGAGAUCAGCAGCUUUUGUAGGUGUAGCAAAAAGGGCUAUAAGAAAACUGAACCUUUAAAUCUUUAUUAGUCCAUUUUGGCUUGGACAGUUGUCCAACUUACAAAACUCCCAAUCAGUAAAUUCUUAUGUCAUCUCGUGAUGAGAAAAUAUAAUUGGGAGGCAAGAUCAUCUGAAGUAAUAUAUCAUAUCCAUAAUCAAAGGCUAAUAUUUAUAUUUUGAUAUGAAAUAAAUGGAAUUUGACAACUCUGGUUAGAUAGUGGUAAUUGUGAAACUUGUUAAAUUUCCUAUAAAGUAUCUUUGAAGGUGAAUUAUUUCUUUUUUGUUUGUUUGUUUCACUAAGUAAACCAUGUCACUGAAUUAAAGGAAAGCAAAAAUAAUUAGAAAAAAAAAACAAAUCCUAUAGCCAAAAUUAAAGAAUUUCUAAAUACUUCAGUAUUUUUAUAAAAACAAAAUUAGCAUAAUGUUUUGGUAUGUGGAGCAUAUUUUCAAUAGAUAAGUUGGGGAAUCCUCACUUUUUCUAUUGCUCUUAAAUUACUUAAAAGCUACUGGAAAAUAACCAUUGUUAAGUGUAAAAGUAACUUUUCUAAAAUGUACAACCUUUGGGCUCAUGUGCAUUUGUUAAAAAAAAUACUCUAUCAGCUCCAUUGGUUCCAGGUGACAUACUGCCAUAAUUAAUAGAAAUUGUAUUAAAAAACUGUUUCUGUCAAAGCUUCCUGAAAUAAAGCUCUUCUAGAAAAUUCCAUGGCUAGAAUUUAGAUAAGUUUCAACUUCUGUGUGACAAUGAGUAAGCCUAUAUUUGUUAUGUGAAAAUGUUUGAGGGUUUCGAGCAGCUGUCUAAUACCAAACUGUACCACACUGUUUUCAGAAAGGAAGUUUUUUCUUUUACUUGAAAGUGAUGUCAUCACCCUCCAAAUAGUGUAGUUACUGUUGGAUUGUACUAUGUCUUGUUGAAAUGGCCAAUUAAUAAUAAGUAUAUUAAGUAUAUAAGUUGAAAAUAACCCUGGGCCCUAAUUUAUCUCUUGUACUAAAGAUGUGCUGUACUGAAAAGUAGACUCAAAUAAAAGGCUGUUUUUAAUUUA